UGUACUUCAGUUUUCGGUUGGGUUUGAUUUUGGAAAAUAGUAUUCUGUUCGGGUCAUACCGACCGAUUGCGAUCUUUGCAGUUUUAUCUCGUUGAUCGGAAGCAGCCACUCCUGAAUUAAAUUUGAUUCAAACCUUUGAAGUGAUUCCAGUCGGAUACAUGGAAGACAAACCCUCAUCUUCUUCUUUAUUCCCCGUAUUCACCGCACCGCCCCCUCCCACCACCACCACCACCACCACAAAACAACCGCCGCAAUGGCUUUCCAACACCAGCUUCACCACCGACAUCUCCCUCAUCAACGACGCCGUUUCUUCUCACUAUGCCACCACAACUUCUCUCCCAAUCGAACACGACGAUGAUGACCUCGAGAGCGAUGAAGAUAACAAACACAAUCAGCGUCCACAGUACGAACUGGUGGACUCUCCCGCAUCGGAUUAUAGCUCUUCCGAGGAGAAUAAGAAUCUGAAGAAGAAGAAAAGGAAACGGAAGAAGCAGCAAUCUGGUGUGGCGGAUGCGGAUUAUAAGUACGGACCUUCGGGGAGGAAGUCGGACAAGGCGUGGGCGAAUUCGAGUAGUGAUAAGGACUAUUUCUUUGAUUCUCGUGGCGAUCGCGAUAAUUUAGCUUUCGGUUGUAUCUACAGAAUGGACGUUGCACGCUACAAACCUCACUCAUCUACUUUUGGUAAUGCAAGUCAUGCAAAGUAUCACCGGAAUCCAAAAAGAAGGGACUUCGAUGCAGACGAUGAUAUAGAUGUCUUGGAUAGCAAACUUAAAUCUGUAGGUCGUUAUUGGUCUGCAAGGUACAAUGCAGUAGAACGGCAUAAGAAUUUCAAGCGAAUGCGCAUAACUGCACCUGAAAAGUGUGCGAUGACUUUCGAUAAUUUCAUUCCAUUGUCAGAUGAUACUUUUUGUGAACGUUCAGAUGGUAGAACAAUAUCAAAAGCAUCAGUAAUUGAGGAGUCCUGGGAAGAUGUUGUUUUACGCAAAACAAGGGAGUUCAAUAAAUUGACAAGAGAAUAUCCUCACAAUGAGAAGGGUUGGCUGGAUUUUGCAGAUUUCCAAGACAAAGUUGCAAGUAUGCAACCUCAAAAAGGUGCUCGGUUGCAGACCCUUGAAAAAAAAGUUAGUAUACUGGAGAAGGCAGUUGAGGUUAAUCCGGAUAAUGAAGAUCUGCUGGUUUGUCUUUUAAAUGCAUAUCGUAGAAGAGAUAGCACUGAUGUUUUAAUCAGUAGGUGGGAGAAAUUACUUGUGCAACAUUCUGGAAGUUGGAAGUUGUGGAAAGAAUUUUUGCAAGUUGUUCAGGGAGAAUUCUCUAGAUUUAAGAUUCCUGAAAUGAGGAGAAUAUAUGCCAAUGCAAUCAGAGCUUUAUCUGCUACACGUGGCAAGCAGCAUAGGCAGGCUUAUGGAGGUACAAUUGCACUCUCACAUGAUAGUGCUGUCAUUCAGCAAGAACUGAAUCUAGUUGAUUUAUUCGUAAAUCUAUGCCGAUUUGAGUGGCAAGCUGGCUAUCAAGAGUUGGCCACAGCUUUAUUCCAGGCUGAAAUUGAAUAUUGUUUGUUCUGUCCUUCUUUACUUCUUUCAGAGCAGAGUAAAUUAAGACUUUUUGAAUAUUUUUGGGAUAGUAAUGGUUCUAGAGUUGGAGAAGAUGGGGCUUUGGGCUGGUCAACCUGGCUUGAGAAAACGGAAGAACAGAAGCAGAAAGUUGUUAAUGAAGAGUCAGAUGAAAUCGAUGAAGGUGGUUGGACUGGUUGGUCAGAACCAUUAUUGAAAACUAAAGAAGUUGAUGUAAAUCAAGAGAAAAUAGACGAGAAUAUUGCAGAAGUCGAGGAAUCUGAUGAACUUGGGGAGGGUGAAGUAGAGCCAGAAAAGGAUGCUGCCACUUUGCUGAAAAUGCUGGGAAUUGAUGCUGAUGCAGAUGCCAGUGAUGAGGUAAAAAAUGCUGCAACUUGGAUUAGAUGGUCGCAAGAAGAGAUAUUAAGAGAUACUGAUCAAUGGAUGCCUCUUCAUCCAAAAACUGCAGCGGGUGAUACCCAUGGUGAUGGAAUAACAGAUGGGGAAAUUGAUGAACACUUUUCAAGGGUAAUAUUAUUUGAAGAUAUUAGUGAUUACAUGUUCUCCUUGACCUCAGAGGAAGCUCGUCUGUCUUUAUUAUACCAAUUUAUAGAUUUUUAUGGUGGGAAGAUAUCUCAAUGGACCUCGACAAACAGUUCAGCUUGGGGUGAGAAAAUUCUCAGCUUAGAGGUUCUACCGGACAUAAUUUUGGAUAAGUUGAGGAGAGUUCAUGAAGUUUUAACUAAAGCAAAAAGCACUCCAAUGAGUUUAAGCUUGGAAUGUUUAUUGGAUGGCUCUGGAGAUACUUCCAUGAGGACUAAUAUGAUGAAAUUUCUUCGUAAUGCCACCUUACUUUGUUUGAGUGCAUUUCCGAAAAAUCACCUAUUGCAAGAAGCCGUACUAGUUGCUGAUGAGCUAUCAAAUACAAGAAUGGGUACUUUAUCCAGUUCGGUGACUCCGUGUCGAGCUUUAGCAAAGACCCUACUAAAGAAAAAUCGUCAGGAUGUGCUCCUGUGCGGAGUUUAUGCUCGCAGGGAGGCCGUUUUUGGAAAUAUUGAUCAUGCAAGAAAGGUCUUUGACAUGGCAUUAUCUUCUAGCGAAAUGGUGCAACCUGAUUGCCUGUCAAAUACAUUUUUAAUAUAUCUGUGGUAUGCUGAGGUUGAACUUGCAAACAAUUCUGGUAGCAACUCAGAAUCAGGAGUACGAGCAAUGCACAUAUUAUAUAGCUUUGGAAGUGGGGUGAAAUACAUUCCUUUUACAUGUCAGCCAUCAAGUUUGCAACAGUUGAGAGCACGCCAAGGAUUUAGGGAAAGAAUUCGGACAAUACGGGCAAUGGGGGCGCAUGUUGUCACAGAUGAUCGGUUUACAGCCUUGUUAUGUUCAGCUGCUUUAUUUGAAGAAUUGACUGCUGGAUGGACAGCAGCUAGUGAAGUUUAUGAUCAAGCCUUUUCCAUGGUGCUUCCCAAAAGAAGAACUCACAGUUAUCAGUUCGAAAUGUUGUUCAACUACUACGUAAGGAUGCUGCGGAAACAUCAUCAGCAAUCUCAAUUAGGAACUGUCUGGGGAAAAGUUAUACAAGGAUUGCACUUAUAUUCUCUCAGCCCAGAACUCUACAGUGUUUUUGUUGAAAUAGGCCAUCUUCAUACCACACCCAGUAAAAUGCGAUGGAUAUUAGAUGACAGCUGUCAGAAGAAGCCAUCCGUGAUAGUUUGGCUAUAUGCACUGUCAUUUGAAAUAAGUAGAGGAAGUUCCUAUCAUCGUGUGCAUGGCCUGUUUGAGAGGGCACUGGCAAGUGACAACACGCGUAACUCAGUAAUACUGUGGCGCUGUUAUAUAUCAUAUGAGAUGAAUGUUGCAUGUGAUCCUGCUGCAGCUAGGAGAGUUUACUUUCGAGCUAUCCAUGCAUGCCCAUGGUCGAAAAAGCUAUGGCUUGAUGGCUUUCUCAAAUUGAACUCCAUUCUGACGGCAAAAGAGCUGUCAGAUCUGCAGGAAGUAAUGCGUGACAAGGAAUUAAAUCUGAGGACGGACAUAUAUGAGAUCCUAUUACAGGACGAGCUCUAGGAAUACAUUUUGGAAACUGUAAUAUUUAGCAGGUCUGUCAAUUUAUACACCAAACAUUUAAUUACUUGAAUAUAUCUGUGGCAGGGAUUCAAGCCAUAUCAGUUACCCUGCUGGUAGAUAGUUUUGACCGCACUUAGAGUCUAUCGAUCCUCAUUUUCUGUUUUGUUU